AUGACAGACGCAAAGUGCCUUCUGAAGACACCAAGUAACUUCCAAUCAUCUGCUAUGUUUGAAGACUCUGAGUCUGUGGAGGCAGAUGGAGGGAGCACAGAGAGCACUGCGGCCUCUACAAUCAGCGCUUGUAAGAAGGUUCUGUGCAGUAACAGUGUAAUGGACUCGUCAGACUAUUGGCUGAGGAAUGACAAAGCCUUGUGCAGACUGGGCCUGCUGGACGACAACGCAGAGGGCAGCUGCGCCAUGAUGUGUUUUGUGAAUCUGGACUCUCAGAAAAUAGACACAAACCGAAAGAAACUAGCACAGGUGUCUCCAGACCUGCCAAAGUUUUUUGAAUUACUAACUGGUCACCAGCCAAAAGAAAAUGAGAUCCUCUUCCUCAAUGGCCUUGAGGGAUCUGACGCUUGCCAAACACGACAAACGGUCUCUUCCCAGCUGCCGAGAAGUACAGGUGUGUGCCUGAUUCAACGUUCAGCGGAGAGACGCUUAAUCCAACCAAGCAGUAUCAUCUUUGAGAUCAACAGAUUCCUUGCUGGUUUCCAGUGGGGAAAAGAAAGACAGUUUCAACAAGGGCAAAUAAGACAACGGAUUGAUGAUGACACUAAUCGGUCAGUUUCGUCCAUAGAAGAAGACUUUCUGACAGCUUCAGAACACAUGGGAGAUGACAGCGAGGAUGACGGUUUCAGAAAUGAGGCAGAGGUUUCUGAACGAGUGGAGAGCUCAGUAGAUGUUGCACAGAAAUGCAAGGCUAGUGUCACAGGUCAGAGAGGACAGGCGGUCCAUCAUCAUAACAGGGAGGAUGCAGAAUUGAAAAAGGAUGCACAUCAGCGGGUCAACCUUCACACAAAAGAAUCAGCUGGUCACUAUGCCACCAAUCUAACAGAGUCGGUACUGCAAGAUGCCUUCAUACGCCUUUCUCAAGAUGAAACCCCCUUUAUCUCUGAGGCUGCAGUCAGUGUGUCCCACUCACCAUGCCACUCCAACAUUGCACUCUCACAUAGAAAACAGCCUUCCCAACACCACACCUGCUCUUUUGAACUUCCGAAAAUCGUCAUAGUUCAAAGUCCAGACAGUACAGAUGGAACUACAGAGUGGCCAGAGAAUCAGGUGUCAAAUGAGUCGGAUCAGGAAAUCACUACCAAAGACAUUGAAAUGCCAGAAAAGAAAGUUUAUAAUCCUCACCACAAUGGAGAACUUCCAUCAAAACCUGUAGAGGUGGCUUUGGCUUGUGCUGCCAAUGUUAUUGGAACCAUAACAUCCCCACAGCUAGCAAGAAAUCUCACUAAGGAUUUAACUUCAGAAGAAGACACAGAAGAGGAGCUGGCGAAAACAGAGAAGAAAGAUGACUACUCUUUCUCCUCGGCCAUUUGUGGUAUGGCUCAGGUUGCUGGUGCUGUUGCAGCACUGGAGCUUACAGAGAAGCCAGGGGAGGGUGUCAAUAAUGACACAGAUGUAAGAGCAGUCUACACAACAUCACAAGGUUUGAUAUCAGCCGCCCAAACAUCUGCAGCCUUGACGCUACAUUGUAGUGUUGCACAAGGUACCAGCGUGGAAGCAUUCCGUGCAAAUAUUGCUGAGGUGCUUUAUAGGGAAGCAGUUGAGGUCUUGACUUAUCCGCAUGGUUACCGGAGUGUCGCUGACCUUCUGGAAUCCACACAUAACAAGAUAGUUGAUGGCAUCACUUGUCCCAAAAAAUCCUAUACUGAAGAGAGAGAAGUGGGUGAAUUAAUCAGUGAGGUUGCCGACAGUCUUUUUAAGCAUGCAUUAGAAAAAGCUAAAAAGCAACAAGAACUUGAGGGGACUGGGAAAGAUGCCCCAAACAUCCAGGUUCUUCUGCAGGACAGUGUAAAUAAUUUGCUAUUUGAGAUUCUUUGCCAGGCACAGAAAAAGAUAAGUUAUAUUUCAAAAAGUGAUAACGGUUCAUUUGAGACAAAGGACCUUGAUACUUGCUCCAAGGAGCAUAUUCCUAUAAAAGGAGGAAGUGUUCCAUUAAGUCAACUACAGGGUCUACCAAGUUAUAAGCAGUCCACUAACACUGACAACAAACAUUGUGGAAUGUGUGAAAGCACAGAUAGGUCUAUCGUGGUUUCUGGAAAUCGCACAAACGUGCUUGAAGAAAUUGAUGUAAAUGCAUCUCCUUUUCCUGCUCACAACAAAGAACAUCAGCUGCAUUCAUGCUGUGCGCAGUUAAAGUGUGCUGUGCAUGCAAAAGACUGGUCUGGCCACCAGGAUACAACUACUGUCAGAGUCCCUUUGAGUGAAAUCCCAGUUCACUGUUCUGAGAGGCGGGGCCGAUUUAUAACAGGAAAUGAUAGCAGACAAUCAACCCUCACCCCACAGUCGUCACUCAACUCUUGCGGUUCACUCUUUUCUUCGAGAAUGGACUCGGAGAGCAGGACGCCUAUUACUUGCUAUGCUGAUGAUUUGGCUGCUACUGUGGUGUCAAUGGCCACAGAACUAGCUGCCAUAUGUCUUGAAAAUUCUACUGGGAAGCAGCCAUGGUUCUGUGCCCUGAAAGGGACUUCGAUAGAGGGAUCUGAGGCUUUCUUGAUCCCUGCUUGCCGAACGGUACUCCGAAGGAAAGAGAGUCAGAGCAACAAUGUCUCCUCUAAGAAACAUCGUGCACCACGACUCAGUGAGAUCAAAAAGAAAACAGAGGAGCAACCAGAGUUAAUGGAGCGUCUAGUGAACCGUGUGGUAGAUGAGUCUGUCAACCCUGAUGAACCACAGGACCCAUUUGCCCUUUUUGCCUCAGAAGUCACUGCCAGGAUCAUGAACUGUCCUGAGCUUAACGUGGUGGACACUUCUAAAUCAGGCCAGCCACGUAGCAGAUUGCAGUGUGAGAGGUGGAGCCGUGGGAAGGCCUCUAGUUAUGAAAGCAUUCCAGAGGAAGAUGCAGACGCCUCGGGUACUCCAAACACACUGGGCCCUGGUUGUCGUUUAGGCCAGAACCUGAGUCGCGGGAGCUCUAUUUCCAAGCAAUCGAGUUGUGAGAGCAUCACAGAUGAAUUUUCACGUUUCAUGGUAAACCAGAUGGAGACUGAGGGCAGAGGCUUUGACCUUCUUUUAGACUACUAUGCAGGGAAAAACGCUAGCAGCAUUCUGGCUGCAGCUGUGCAACAGGCCGCAACCAAGAAAAAUGGCCACCUUAAUGUCAGGACUACAUCUUGUCUGUCCAAACAGUCUAGCACUGAGAGCAUCACAGAAGAGUUCUAUAGGUUUAUGCUCCGGGACAUGGAUAAGGAAAACAAAGAGCGUGGUAUUGCAAAGACUAAAGAGUGGAGUAACAGCCUGUUCCCUCCAUCUCCCCGAACUCCCUUUUGUAUACGACAGUCAUCAGUCCCAGACAGGCGCUCUUCAGAUUCAAGACUGACUGUCAACUCACCCAUUAAAGCCAAUUCAUUUGAUGGGUUUCCCCGAAAUGUGCAUGGGGAGACAUUGAAUAUUUACCCAUCUAACUCAGUGGCAGCAACAGGACUGUGCAAGUCAGACUCAUGCCUGUAUCAAAGAGGCAAGACUGACCAAAUUACUGACAUGCUGAUCCAUGAUACCUGGUCUAGUUCAAUUGAGUCUUUGAUGCGGAAAAACAAGAUCAUUGUUGAUCCAGAGGACAGUAUCGACCUGGAGCCUGCAGGUGACUCCCAGGCCCACGUUCAGCAGUUUGCCAAUCGUCUAGCAGCUGACAUAAUAGAUAUUGGUAAAACAUCUGCUGGAGAUCAGCAAAAUGUUGCUGGGGGCACAAGUGUACCACACUCACAAAUGCAAAUGCCUGUUGGUGAGAGAAGGAGGGGUUUCAAACAAUCCCAUUUACACUGUAGCCGUAGUAGGUCAAGUCAAGAACAAAGUGGGUUGACAUCAGGGGCAGGUGACUUCAGUACAUCCCGUAUUAGAGGCCCGAGGCACGAUGUGCCAGUGAUCCACAUUGAGAGUGAUACUCAUGAAAGGAAAGAUAGUCCUCUAGAACAACCACUGGAGAUGCCAGUUACCAAGCAAGAGAAAGGAGUGGAAACUAUGGCGUUUGUGUUUAUGAUCUCACUAUUUUGCUCUCCCAGCAGUGAAAGGGACAGACCAGCUGUGGUUGCGACGAAAGUAGUGAAGAGGGACAAGCGUUCAAUGAGUGCUAGCAGUGAAGAGAGCACGGGAAGCUGGUCCCAUAUAAACACAGAGGAUGACCCCCCUGACGAGACCAGUAGUUUUAUCCACCUGUGUGAGGGGAAUGAGACCAGCAGCGGCUCAAGCGUAGGCAUGGCUGAUCUAGAUACUUUCUCUGAUGUGCCUUCUCAUAGCACAGAAAUUGGUGUAGAGUCAGAGAAAGGUGAUCAAGCAGGAACCAAAGACAGUUGCUUUGAGGGCGGCUCAGUCAGGACAGCAGGAGGUGUUACCGAUAAUGUCAGGGAACUCCUCGUGGUAAAUUGUGACCUGGAUGAAGACUGUAUGGACUCCGAGGUCACAGUGGCUCUUCAGUGGAUUGCUGCUUCUGAGCUGGGCGUUCCAGCUCUCAACUUCAAAAAGUCCAAAGAAAAAAGGGUCACUAAGUUCCAGAAGGUGGUCCAUCUGAUGUCACAGAAGUCGUGGCGGAUUGCAGACUUGUUCAGUGCUGUGCUUCAAUUCUGUAAACUUCAUGAGGAGAGUGAAGACAUGAAUCUGCUUAGCCUGUUUGACUGGCUCUUAGAGAUCAUGUGA